GCGCGGCAGUCAGUGCAGUGUCGCGACCAAAAUACGUAGUAUUUAUGCAGGAUUUUAAUAUGUUCGCGUGUUUGAUCACUUUCACGUUAUUAUGUACCGCCCAAGCCGGUAUAUCGCGACAGUUGAACAAAAUCAAGCCACUGGACCCCUCAUAUCCAAAAUUCAUUAGACACAGUGUGAGCAAUUGGGCCGGCCUUCCUCUGGACGAAGUCAUCAGCACUCGGCCCAGCUCGCCGCCGGUCAACGAACUGUACCCCACUGCCGUACUGUUCGGCAGGACCUGCGGCGGCACCAUCAUCAGCCCCACCUGGGUCCUCAGCGCUGCACACUGCACGCUGUUCACCGGCGGCCGCGACGUGCUCGCCGGCACCAACAACACGGAGAACGACACCGGCGUGCGCGUCCGCGUGAAGCGACUAGUGCUGCACCCCAAGUUCACUGUGGGCCCGUACUGGUUGGACGCCAGCCAUUAUGGCAUCAAGCAGGUGGGAGCCCGCUGGGACUUCCUUCUCGCAGAGCUGGAGCAGCCUCUACCAAUCGACGGCAAGACGAUCGCUGUAGCGCGACUGGACGAGCGCGCCAGGGUACCCCCGGGUGAAGAGGUCGGCUAUGCCGGCUACGGCGCAGCAGUUCAUGGGGACACAAUGCGCGAAGACAUGCACGCCAUGGACCUCGAAGUACUGGACGACAGCGAAUGCUCCUCACUGAUAGAGUUCGACAGCACGGACAUGGUCUGCACCAAGGGGCGCCCGCCGCGCUUCGAUUCUGCGUGUAACGGUGACAGCGGCAGCGGUCUCAUUAGCCGAGGAAGCAUAAUCGGAGUGGCAUCGUGGGUAGAGGACGAUGCGACCACGUGCCGCCCUGGCGCCAGGGUCAUCUUCUCCAGAGUCGCUGCUGUACGAGACUGGAUCAGACAAGUCACGAAAAUAUAGACUAUAUUCGUAUGCUAAAAUACGAAAAUAUUGACUAGUGAUUUACAAAAACCGACAAUAUUGACUAUAUUAGUAAACUAAAAAAAGCAAAAAUUUUGACAAAUAUUGGUGCUAAACAAUGUAGGGAACGUCUUAGGUUAUAACUUCAAACGUUCAGUCAUUAAAAAAAAUCUUUGAUAAAAGUACUUAAACGUAAACUUAGUAGAGUUUAACGAACCAAAGAAUGAAAUAGAAUAGAAUGGUACAUAUAUCUCUUUUUAUAAGGAUCUCUCGAAAAAAUUAAUAGCACUACAUGACAGUUGGCAAUAAUUAGUAUGUAGUAAUUAUUAAUAGGCUAGUUGACAUUUUUAUGGUCUUAAAUUGUUCAUUGUCGUUUUACUAUAUUGAAAAAAAAAAUAUUCUUUUGACAAUUCGAGCCAAAACGCUGUCGGCCUUGAUGGUCGAUAUUUUAACUGUUUCAUGACAUUAUGUUAACAAAUCUUUAGCAUUUGACAUAGAUUUACGAUUUGGUACAAGUAUUGAUAAAAAUAUAAGAAAAAUCAUCAUCAUCAAGUGACAUUGCGACGUCACAAAAUGGACGACAGCGUUUUUGACAUUUGGUUUGAAGUUUUCUAAGAAAUCCCAAACUUUUAAUAAUUGAUAUCGAUAUAUUUCGAACCCAUAAACACGAAAUUAAUAUUAUAUAAAUUAAAAUUGAUUCGAAUCAACUACUCUAUUAUUUAUGUACCUAACUUGUCUACGAUUUAUUAUUUGUAGGCGCGUUAGGACUUUGACAAUAUAAUAAUUAAUAUUAUAUUUCACUAUUUUAUACAAAGGUAAUAUGUAAUGAAAUGUAAAAUGUAGUUAAAGAGAGAUUUGUAAUAUUCAUAAGUGGACAAUAGCUUUAUUCAAACGAAUUCUCUUUGAAAUUUGACAAAAAAUUACAAAACUCACUACUACUAGCAGCAGGCUUAUUCACUAUCUAUGACGUAUGCUAGUUGACUUGAACGAAAUUGAGAUUUUAUGUAAUAACCGUAACAGUAAAGAUUCCGACGAAUUGAUAAUCUCCUCCUUUUUUGUAGUCGGUUACAAAUGUUAACCGGUGCUUAUUGGUGGAUAUCACACUUUAGGUAUAGGACAUUGAUUUGAUGUUUAUUUUAAUAUAUUGAUAAUAAAUACCAACAUUGUGAAUAGGACAGCAGGUGGUGAAAACCUUUUGCCGUCUGCGCGUUGAUAAAGAAAAUAUUUCUUAUUUUGUUGUUAGAUAUCUUCUACUUAAGUCCUAUAUUUCUCGUUUCUUCCCAUAAUAACUUUUUAUUAAAAUCGAAAAUGUCGAGAAUUUUGUUUAAAAAAAAUGUUUUUCUUUUAUUACUAGAGCUCAAAAAGCAAUUACAUUUUAUAUUUUAAUAUCAGUGUUGUGAUUUUCAAUAAAUUAUAUCUAUAUAGACGUACCAAUUAUGUACUGUUUUAUAAUUAUUGUGAUAAGUACAUCAUAUCCUUUUGUAAGUUAAUAAAACAACUUUUAUACA